CUCUCCCCGAGCCCCGGGUAACUCUUAAAGUGGAGGGGGAACCUGUUCAAUUUUUGGUAGAUACCGGAGCCCAGCACUCCGUCCUUCUCCACUCAAAAGGUCCUAUCUCAGCUAAAAGGUCAUGGGUACAAGGAGCCACUGGGAAUAAACAAUAUUCAUGGACCACACGAAGGACAGUAGAUCUUGGGAUUGGACGAGUAACCCAUUCAUUUUUGAUUAUUCCGGAAUGCCCCUAUCCUUUGCUGGGAAGAGAUUUACUCUCCAAAGUAGGGGCUCAAAUCCACUUUCAGCCAGAAGGUUCCACCAUAACUGAUAAUAAAGGAAGGUUACUUCAAAUAUUGACUAUGAAAUUAGAAGAUGAAUAUAAAUUAUACGAGCAGCCUUCAUCCUCACGAGUUAAUGUUACAGAUUGGGUAACUCGGUUCCCUCAAGCCUGGGCAGAAACUGCCGGAAUGGGGAUGGCCAAAAAUCGGCCCCCGGUGCUAGUGUAACUCAAGGCAACUGUCACCCCAAUAAUGGUCCGUCAAUACCCCAUGAGUAGAGAAGCCAAAGACGGUAUCCGUCCCCAUAUACAGAGGCUACUAGACUUGGGCAUCUUAAUAAGAUGUCAAUCAGCAUGGAACACCCCUCUCCUGCCGGUAAAGAAACCAGGAACAAAUGAUUAUCGGCCGGUGCAGGAUCUACGAGAGGUAAACAAACGGGUGGCAGAUCUCCACCCCACAGUUCCAAACCCUUACAACCUCCUGAGCACUCUUCCACCUCAACAUACGUGGUAUACUGUUUUGGACCUUAAAGAUGCUUUUUUCUGUUUAAGACUCUCUCCCCUGAGCCAACCCUACUUUGCCUUCGAAUGGAAAGAUCCAACAUCGGGAAUGUCUGGUCAGCUGACAUGGACACGGCUACCUCAGGGAUUCAAGAACUCCCCGACCAUCUUUGAUGAAGCCCUCCAUCAGGAUUUGGCAUUAUAUAGAGAAUCAAAUCCCCAGGUAACAUUACUCCAAUACGUUGAUGAUAUUUUAUUAGCUGCUGAGACCCAAGAAGAUUGUAUCAAGGGUACUGAAAAACUGUUAACGGAACUUGGAACCCUGGGAUAUAGAGCCUCAGCCAAGAAAGCACAAAUAUGCCAACAACAGGUCAGUUACCUGGGGUAUCUAUUAAAAGGGGGGCAAAGAUGGCUCACGGAGAGCAGAAAGGAUACGGUGGCCCAAAUUCCGGCUCCCAAAAACGCCAGGCAGGUUAGAGAAUUUUUGGGGACGGCCGGAUUCUGUAGACUAUGGAUUCCAGGGUUUGCUGAGCUGGCAGCCCCAUUGUACCCCCUAACCAAAAACAGCACUCCUUUCGUUUGGGGCGAUAAGGAACAACGGGCUUUUGACCAAAUCAAACGAGCUUUACUUUCAGCUCCAGCCCUAGGACUGCCAGAUGUAACCAAACCUUUUCAUUUAUAUGUGGCCGAAAAUAAGGGCAUUGCAAAAGGAGUAUUGACUCAGAAAUUGGGUCCCUGGAAUCGCCCAGUUGCUUAUUUGUCAAAAAAAUUGGACCCUGUGGCAUCAGGAUGGCCCACCUGUUUAAAGAUAAUCGCUGCAGUGGCCGUUCUAGUCAAAGAUGCUGACAAACUAACUUUAGGACAAAAUCUAACGAUAACAGCUCCUCAUGCCCUGGAAAAUGUAGUCUGUCAACCACCGGAUAGGUGGCUAACUAAUGCCAGGAUGACCCAUUACCAAACCCUGUUGCUAAACUCAGAUCGCAUCAAGUUUGCUCCAGCCACAGGACUCAAUCCAGCCACCUUGCUACCUGAUCCUGACUUGGAAGGCUCCACCAUCAUACAUGAUUGUCAGGAAGUACUGGCCGCAGCACACGGCAGUAGGCCAGAUCUGAUGGACCUGCCCCUCCCUGAUGCUGAUUUCACCUGGUUCACGGAUGGGAGCAGUUUCCUGGAGGAAGGUAAGCGUCGAACUGGGGCAGCCGUGGUAGACGGAAAACAAGUCAUAUGGGCAGCGGCGCUACCACAAGGGACCUCAGCCCAACGAGCUGAAUUAAUUGCCCUGACGAGGGCAUUAGAGAUGGCAGAGAAUAAAAAAGUAAACAUCUACACAGACAGUAGAUAUGCGUUUGCUACCACUCAUAUCCACGGUGCCAUUUACCAACAGAGAGGGCUACUAACUUCAGGUGGCAAAGAAAUUAAAAACAAAGACGAAAUCAUGGCUUUGUUGACUGCACUCAUGCUUCCUACUAAAGUCAGUAUCAUCCACUGCCCUGGACAUCAAAAAGGAAAUACCCCAAUAAUUAGGGGAAAUAAUAUGGCUGACCAAGUGGCCCGAGAAAUAGCAUCGGGAGAAGUCAUUCUAGGACUGUCAGAUAAAGUUCCUGAAAAACCAGGCCGUGAUGAAGAAAUCAUCCCGGCCACAACAAAAGGAACUUUGUCCCCUCAGCAAGCAGAAUCCAUGUUACAACAGAUGCACAGAUGGACACAUUUGGGGACUAAAAAGAUGGUAGCCUUGUUACAAAAAGCCGGGUACGAAACCCCUGGAAUGACAAAAUUAGCUGAACAAAUUGUGCAGGAAUGCAUCCCAUGUCAACAGGUAAAUGCUCAAAAAGGGAAACUUGAAACUGGAAAGAGACUCAGGGGGGACCGCCCAGGAACUUACUGGGAGGUGGACUUUACUGAAGUGCGUCCUGGAAGGUACGGUAAUAAAUACCUUUUAGUUUUUGUAGACACUUUUUCAGGAUGGAUAGAGGCUUUCCCAACAAAGAAAGAAACAGCUGCUGUAGUAGCCAAGAAGAUUUUAGAAGAAAUUUUUCCUCGAUUUGGAGCACCAAAGGUAAUAGGGUCUGAUAAUGGUCCAGCCUUCGUCGCCCAGGUAAGUCAGGAUGUGGCCAGAUAUUUGGGGACUGAUUGGAAAUUACAUUGUGCAUAUAGACCCCAGAGUUCAGGUCAGGUAGAAAGAAUGAAUAGAACUCUAAAAGAGACCCUAACCAAAUUGUCCUUGGAGACUGGCGGUACAGAUUGGACGGUGCUCCUUCCUUUAGCCCUGUUCCGGGUUAGGAAUACACCUUCCCGGUACCAUCUUACUCCUUUUGAGGUGCUAUACGGGGCCCCACCUCCCCUUCUCACCUUAGGAGAAGAAAUAAAACCAGACUGUCAAAAUAACACUGACUUGUAUGCUAGGCUAUUGGGACUCCAACUGGUCCAAAAGGAGAUAUGGUCCCAACUCGCCGAGGCCUACCAACCGGGAACACCGGGAGAAGCUCAUCCUUUCCAAGUCGGGGACUCCGUAUACGUCCGUCGGCAUCGAACCCAGACGUUGGAACCUCGAUGGAAAGGACCAUACACCGUCCUCCUAACCACCCCAACGGCCAUAAAAGUGGACGGCAUCGCUGCCUGGAUCCAUGCUUCACACGUGAAAGCUGCACCAGCGGCGGCAUCAUCAGGAUGGCAGGCCCAAAGAACCGACAACCCGCUCAAACUCAAGCUUCUACGAACCUAA